AUUAAUUCUCAAAAAAAUAGUGGAAAUUUAUUAUGCAUAAAGGAAAGCUUGUAGGCAAGAGCUUGUCGGUUAGAAAGGUGAUUCAGAAGGAUAGGAUAAGGAAAAGGACAAGUUUGGUUGAUCAAAGGAUGAUCCCUGGGUUGAGGAUUAUUGAGGAAAUGUCAAUUAAUGGAAAAUGAGGUGAGAGGAAUAGGAUACAGUUUUAUGGUUCCUCAUUGAAUGCUUCUCCUAAAAGUGUUCGCACAAGGGCAAUAACUUCUGGGGCUAAGACAACUAGAGCAGCCACAGUUUAUAAUAGGAGGUUGAGCAAGCAUGCUUCUAAGUUCAAGAAUAUAAUCUCUGGUGAAGAGAGUAUGAAUGAUGAUUUACUUAAAUAA